UCAUAUGAUAGCUUACAAGCUUUUCCAAUACGGUGUGCUCUUGAAAAGUCCAAACCCAGGCACCAUUCAUACCUCUCCUUCAUAUUUGCUUCUUAUACAUAAGCAAAUAAUCUUCUAAACAUCUUCUAAACCCACACCACCCCUUUUCUCAAAUUGUUCGACCUUUCAAGAAACACAAAACUCCCUACUGAAUAAGAACUUUGAAUUCUUGCUUUUCUUUUUCUUGUUUUGUUUGUCGUCAUGAGGGCUAAAGGGCACAACCAGAGCAAAUUCAUGAAAAUCGUUACAAUUCCAAUAAAAGUAUUGGGCAAAGCAAGGGAUCUUUACGUUAACAGCAUGUCUAGCUGCGCUGCUAGAACCAGUUACAGCCACUGCACAUCCUUGCCAAACGGAAACUUGCUUAAGAGUUACAGUAUGGGUUCAUCUAUGUCUAAUGACAAUGACGAUUACAGAGAGCUUAUAAGGGCAGCUUCCGUCAGAAGCCUUGGCCACAAGAACGAAAUCGAUAUGGUAUUGCAGCAAAUGAAGCAGGCAUCGACGAAACAACAAUUGCCUAAGAGUUGCAGUGUAGGGAUGGGAUUUAUGGGAAGGAUUGAUGAGGAGAAACCAGGCAUGGAAGAAGAAGGCAGUGUUGACGGUUCAAAGAAGGGAACAAAAGCAGAUUUGUAUCCAAGAAGCAGAAGCUAUGCUGUUGGUAAAACAGGUGCUGCUUUUUGAUAAUUUCUUUGAGAUUGGGAAGGAAGUUAAUUCUGUUUCCUUUUUUUUUUUUUUUUUUUUUUUU